CCUCCUCAAAGAUCCACGAACAUUGAAGACCCUUCGCAUACCGAACGCCAGACUAUGAACUGUUCUCGGUCUUAAAAUCACCCAGUCGUUGCCAUACAGUCAAGCCACCUCUCUCCACUGGACGCGCCGCCACUUUUACUGUUUAGAUCAGAGAGGCUCGCCGCAUUUUCCCCUGACUCAACAACAUCAUCAUGUCGUUCUCUUCCCUCGUUUCAGACAUUGGAUUUAGAGAUGGGAACCGCGAUGAUCGUAGCACGUCGACUUCUCAAGGAUUGACUUCCCAAACGAGUCGCGCACGCUCAUAUGUCAGCACCGCGGCCACCAGCGUGAGCAUAUCGGGCGACAUCUCCAGCCAACUUCAUGCCGGCUACAGCCAUCCCCUCAACAGGGCAUGGCAGGCCGAACGGCAAUUGACGAAGUCCAUGCUUAUCUAUCCUCUUUUCAUUACCGACAAUCCCGAUGAAGAGACACCAAUUCCCUCCCUUCCAAACCAGCACCGCCGCGGCAUAAACCGUCUCAUCCCAUUCCUUACGCCCCUUGUUCAAAAAGGCCUUCGAUCCGUAAUCCUCUUCGGCGUCCCCUUAGCCUCCAAUGCAAAAGAUGCCCUUGGAACCGCUGCAGACGACCCCAACGGACCCGUCAUCCAAUCCAUCCGGCUCCUCCGCUCCCGCUUCCCAGACCUCUACAUCGUCACUGACGUCUGCCUCUGCGAAUACACCUCCCACGGCCACUGCGGCAUUCUCCGCGAAGACGGCACCCUCAACAAUGCCCUCUCCAUCGACCGCAUCUCGGAUGUUGCCCUUGCCUACGCCGAAGCGGGCGCCCACUGCGUCGCACCCUCAGACAUGAACGACGGCCGCGUGCGCGCCAUAAAAAUCAAGCUCAUCGAAGCCGGCAUUGCCCACCGUGUGCUCUUGAUGUCCUACAGCGCAAAGUUUAGCGGGUGUCUGUACGGGCCCUUCCGCGACGCUGCUGGCUCCUGUCCGUCCUUCGGGGAUCGCAAAUGCUACCAAUUGCCGCCAGGUGGCCGCGGGCUUGCUCGCCGGGCCAUCCAGCGUGAUAUCGCCGAGGGUGCGGAUAUCAUCAUGGUAAAGCCCGCCAGCAGCUACCUGGACAUCAUCCGCGAUGCGAAGGAGCUGGGCAAGGAUAUGCCCGUGGCAGCGUAUCAAGUGAGCGGGGAGUUUGCCAUGAUCCAUGCGGGUGCGAAGGCGGGGGUGUUUGAUUUGAAGGCGAUGGCGAUUGAGAGUACAGAAGGGAUUUUGAGGGCCGGGGCGGGGAUUGUGGUGAGUUACUUUGUGCCGGAGUUUUUGGACUGGCUUUCAAAUUGAGAGGAGAGUGGUUCAGGCGUUCUCGUCUUUGCGUAUGUAUGUGGCAUACGAUAAUCGUCGUAUACCCCUGUUGCUUUUCCUUUCACGAAUAUUUGCAAUGUUAUUUAGGAUAGAUCGGAGUUCGGGCGGUUCUUUUUGGGCCUUGUUGUUUUCUGCGUGCCUCAAAACGAAUACAUCUAUGUAUGAUAUCUCUUCUCACAUGUAUGCUAUGCAUAUCCUCUCCUUAUUUCGAUAUAAUACAAGAAAACAAAACACGGACGAACACAAAAAAAAAACCCCAAAGUAUCCACGUUUUCCCUCCAUCAUGUACAUUACAUGGAGGGGGGAGACUUAUUCUAUUAUUCUUUACCUUUGCCGUGCCCUUUGCCUACCCAUCCUUCUAUCCGACCGCUCCCAGCCCUCUCGGCCUUAUCUCCAUGGAGAAUAGUGAAUAGUGAACCUCUCCGUACUCCGUUGCAACUCAGGGGAUACAGAGAGAGCACCAAGCCUGUUUACGGAAGUUCAACCUCCAUCAACAAGGAGCGGUAGUCGAGGUGCGGAUAUACCUAUAUGCAUCCAUAAUCUUCUUUAAUGCAGAAGAGCAAAAAGUGCGAUCUUGUUUUGAGGGCCUUUCCCCCUGUUCAACUCACCGACCGUCCCCCGCGUACCAUUCUCCUUUUUUAUUUAUUUAUUUAUAUUUAUUUAUAUUUAUUUUUUAUAAUUCACACUACUCAAAUGUUCCCGCUUCUGCUCCCGUUUUCUACAUAAGCUCACCCGCAAGGCAGUCAGCUAUCUUUCCUGGCCCUUUCAGGAGAAAUAUACAUGUUCAUAUGGAGAAGUAUAUAUGUCAGUUGAUUGCAAUUGACAAUUUGAAAACCUCUUGCAAUAUCCAGAAAGCUUUAGAGCAAGGCAAUUUGGUAUAAUUCUCUAUCCACCGCAGGCACAUUAUAUGACUUCGACUUUUCCCAAGAUCCAAAGACGGGGUUGUAUAUCAGCGUCAAACCCGCUAAAUACCUCACUCAUUCUCAUAUGUAUCAACAGACGGCUCUUAUCCCCCAUUCAUCACGUUAUAAAUGCUCACCGGUCACUACGCCACGGCACUAGCUUCUAUCUCCAUGUAUUCAGGUAAUGAUUUCCAUGGGCUAACCGGGAGAGAGGGAAUUCGAAUUAGAACUCUGAUGCUGGGGCCUGCAGACUCACAAGAGCCGUGCUGAGUGGCGGUUGGAUCUGGUCAAUACGGAAAAGGUAGAUAGAUAUCUCAAUCCGCGAAACAAAAAGAAAAGCGUAGGAUAACAGGACGUUGUUUCUCCUCCUCUCAUUUGUUGAUAUCUACUGCCAUGGAUGUGACUACGGUCUAAGAGCCCGCUAAUAAACGUAUGUAACUAUGUACUGUACAUUAUUACAUCCUGUUCUCCCUCCUUGCGUGAUAAACAAUACUUCUGAGAAAUCCACAAUCACACUUGUAUCACAAUCUCCUUUGACGCUCUGGACAUGGAUACGGAGCCUUUCAAAACAGGCAAGAAAAAAAGAAAAAAUCCAAAUUUCUAUUCGGUAACAACUUUCCGGACGACCACGACGACCGAGACAGAAUAAUAACCCUCGCAUUGCGCGCUUAAAAUCAUAGACACUCUGCUUGAUCGUCAUCAGCGGCACGAGCCAAUCAAACCCAUGUAGCAAUGAUACACCCUUCCAUACGCAACUACAUUAGCUGGUCAAGUUGUAAACGCAAGUUUAGGACUGCUGUUGGGGGUGGGGGGGAGGAAGUGGUUUGAAACAAAUUGAAGGGGGUGAGUUUAAUCUCAUUUCAAUUUCCUCCCCCGUCAUGCUCCCUCCCACUUGCCGCCAUGGAUAUGAAUAGAUAAAUGAGGGGGGAAUUAUUCUGAACAAGAAGAUGAAAUAACAGAGAGUGUUCUUCUGGACUCA